AUGGAAGAUCAAGAUACCCUGGCAGGCCUUCGGGGUCUGUACCAGGAUCUUUCUGCACUUUCGAAUUCGUCUUUCGUAAACAUUGAGCGUCUCCGUAUUGAGCUGGAGGCUCAUAUUCAAGAUUUCAGGAAACUCCUGGACAAGCCCACGAAAAACAAUGCCAGUCGCCAAGCUGUUCUUUCAGGUACGCAUAUCCGAGUUUCUGAUUCCUCCGAACGACAUACCUGGUUGCUAUUGUGCGGAGGAAAAAUCACCGUGGACGAAAUCCAAUACUCGAUCAACGAAGAAUUUCAACAAGGAGCACUACAGCUGGCCGAUGCCCUGAAUAUCGAUGAGCUGGAGGCAGCAGUGUUAUUUUUAAAUGCCCAGGAGGAUGCUCAAUCGUUGGAUAGGUCCCCUCUCAUCGCUGCGAUCAUGCGGUUCCACGAGCGUCGGCAUUUCUUGCUCGAAUCCCUGCGACUUAUCUUCCAGGAAUCCUUCGAGGUAGAACGCGAAACUGAUCAAGUACUUAUGCAGGAAAUUUUGGCCUUCGUUGUUGAAAUAAAGGACGGUCCAUUGCGAAACGCAUCGUUAUUUACACGGAAGUGCAUGACGUCGAUGGAAGAUAUUGAGAAAUGGCUUUCACUACUUAGCGAGCAAAUUCAGAAAGUGUCCAUCGUUGGCCAAUCUGAAGACUUAGAUAUAAUGGAGGCUAUAGAGUACCAGCGCAGCAGCUUGCAGCAACAGCAUGAAUCGCUGGGAGCAAUUCUGUGCUACCUAUUCAAGGGCCCGUAUACUAGUCCCGAGGAUCUCCGAAUACUUCUAAACCGCCUACGGAGGCUGGAUCGAUUUGAUGGAUUGCUUGUUCAUUACAUUCCAUCUGUUGUCUCCUCAUUUGUUCAACAUGGAUCGCCUGAAAGGUCUGGUUCUUACAAAGAGGCUCGAAGCCUACAUACAGCUAUAACAUCCUCCAAGGACGGUCAGCCAUGGCUGCUUCCAACUUUCCAUUCAUCAGUUAUUGCUCUCUGGCUCGCAGUAUACAGUGGGUGGGACUUUGAUGGCCCGUCUUCACCGAUUCCAGGUGUCGACUUUGGGAAAGAAGCUGAGGAGAGGACAAAAAUGUUCAUGUCUGCGCUCGAUGAUGGGGCAUUGGACUUUAUGCUCGCUAUCUGCUCUGGAGUUAAUGAUGAAGAAUGGGCUGACCCAGCUCGUAGUGAAUUGGUCGCCUUACUACUGAAGGAGAGCGCAUCUUCGUUUCUCGAAGACUCUUGUUCCGGAUAUUUCAAAACUUUGCUAAUGGGAAAUUAUGAGGUGUUCGCAGAGUCAUGUAUUGCAAAUAUGCCAGAUGCAGUUAGGAUGCUCAAGUCGGAAGAGGACUCGCAGAGAUUAGACCAGAUUACCGCACUUCGAGAUGGCCUGACUUCAAGCCUCCACCGUGGCCUUGUGGAGGCUCGAACGCAUCUCGAGACCUUUCUCGUGAUAAUGGCUUUUUCCUUUGAACACCGACCAGAUGCUGCACAGGAAUUCUGGGCUGAUCCGGACGGGAAUUUGUAUGGCUUCCUUCAGUGGGCGUCAAAAAGACAGACUGUUCCCCGGGUCAGCGCGUUUUGUGAGUUGAUGUUUUCUAUAUCGGGAGGAGAAGACAACGCCGCUGCAGCAUACCGGUUUCUCUCCGAAGAAGACAAAUUCGUGGCUUCUAAAUUCAAGCGAUCCACUUCGAUGAAUUGGUCACAAAUGUUUGCUGAGCUGCAACUCUAUGCAACAAGGGUCACUGAGAAGCCACCUUCUGCCUCGCACGCUAUACUACGUGCCAGGAAGUCCGAACCGUCUGACAUGAGUGAGCCAGAGAGCCCUGUUAUGUUGACAUGCUAUUUGCGAUUGAUCGGACAUUUAUGUAGAGAAAGUGCCACUAUCAGGGAAUGGAUGCUGCACCACCCGACGUUUAGCAUCGUCACCACAUUAUUGACGUUGUCCAGUGGGCCCAUACCAACCCAUCUGAGAGCAACCGUAUUCACUACACUUUCAGCAUUGAUGACUGGGCGGACAUCUUUCAAUGGGAACGAGAUGUGGCUUUCUAUCGAUCAGUGGAUUUCUGGCGGAUCAAUGAGUACUUCAGGUCUUGGGAAAGUUCCUUUAGCCUCAAACCCACUUGUGUGGCAUGAGCAACAAGCUUUCCAGAAGAUUGGCGAGAGCUUCGACCAAGCCAACGCUUUUGUGGGCCUGAUCUAUUCCCUCGUGUCACCAACCGCCGACUUGGAAGCAAAUCACCUUGCACUACCUUUUCCAGAAUCCCUAGGCUCCUCCUACCGCAUGCCUGGAAUUGAGCCUUAUAUUGACUUCGUAAUGGGUCAGGCCUUGUCGCGAAAAGUUCCGGACCUCAACGAGCGCCAAGUCCGCUUGUUAACUUACAACUGUUUGAAUUUCGUCGUGACGUGCUUGAAGCUCUUCAACGAGAAUAUUGUUACCGUCCUCAGCCAGCCUCCUGCGUCUUCCGACUCCACACCCAAGACCUCAUCCUUGCUGACCUAUGUCCGCCUCCAUCCAUUUGCACGGGUUGCCGAGUGGUUGUUUAAUGAAGAAGUGAUAAAAUCGAUAUUCGCAACUGCUCAUCAGGAUGUCACUGAUGUCGCUAAAGCAGCCGGCGAUUCCGUCUUGGUCCUUUCCUUGGUGAGAAGUCUCGAAGUCAUGGACCUAAUGAUGGAUCUUCAGUCUACCUACUUCAAUAUUGUCCGACCGCUAAUCGUGUCUCAACCCGGUGGGAGCAGAAACAAUGUAGCGAAUUCUGCGCUCGCCGCUUUUGAGGACAAUAUUCUUAACAAUUUGACAAUCAUCCCGGCCCUGUGCCUUUACUGCAGCACAGGCCAUGAGCAGCUCACUGUCACGUCGAUGGCACUCUUGGAGAAACUGUCCAGCUCCAAGAAGUUAAACAAAGUUUCGUCCCCUGAACUAGCCAAGUGGCGAUCUUCAAAUAAAAUUAUUGAAGUACUGAGUUCAGAAGUUGAUGUCGACAGCGUUUCGCGUCCGCUUGUGUCCCAAAUGCAACCUGACCUCAGAGAACUGGAUUUUGGUGCAAAAUCAUCGGGUUACAUUAUUCGCGAGAGCCUGUUAGCGCUUCUAAACAGCUGCCUAGGGAUGAUUACAGACCAGCCAACAGUAGCACAUCUUCUUCUCGGGUUCAGCAGCGUGGGAAAUACACUUGACGUUCCUUCAGACGGACUUUUCUCACGAGGGGCGUCAUUAUUGCAUGCCAUUAUCGGUUUUCUGCAAAGCUAUCCAGAUGAGGCCGAUGGGAAUAUAUUACCGUGGAUGGUACAUCUCAAACGUAUGGCGCUGGAAGUGCUGAAACACUUAUGGUCUUCAAAACUUUCGUCCUACUUCACUCUUUCUGAAAUGCGUUCCUAUAAUUUCCUUCCUAAUACACUCACAAGUCAGCCCAUUGUUGGACUACACACACCGUGGGAUGGAUUGCCCAUCGUGACCGAAGAGUUUUGGGUUUCUAAUUCUACCACUGCCCUUGCGGAGUUCUUGCUGUAUAGAAGCUACCUAUAUGGGUACGCUGCAACUGAAAUCCGCUCAGCCACUAAGCUCGGUUCACCAACCCUGCAGGCGCACAUUAUCUCAACGUUGCUUGGAAAUUCGGCCGUAGAAAUCGGGGAUUGUAUUCCGACACCCACGGUUUUUGACCUUUUCGAUUUCGUGGAUUUGGAUAUUAGGCACCCACUUCAACCACCUGUGUUAAGGCUCCUUGACGGUAUCAAUGUGGACGUGUGUGCAAAACCGCGGGCGGAUGAUUCACUUGUUAUCUACAAUUUGGCUGAAUUGGAAGAACUUAUUCAAGUCAAGAAGGAAGAUUUAGCGGCAAACGGACAGUUACGACCUCAGGAUGAAGAGCACUUUGUAGCCGAGGCCGAAAAUCUGACUUUAUUCAUCCAGUCAGUGAAUCAGUUUAGGCAGAUCAAUUACAACCGCUAUCUGGCCCUUCGGUCGUGGACAGAACUUAUUACAACAAUGCUCACAUGUUCUGGACUCGAUGGCGGGCGAAAAUCGACGUUUAUCCUCCAUUCCAUCCAGCUAAUUCUCCCCAAGCUUGAUGCUGCCGUGGAAGACGAUACUCUCGAAGCUGUUGAAUUGGCACGCCUUGCGGAGACUUUGGUUAGUGAAUUGGAUUCCACUGCAACAGAUGGAACUCUCGCCCGGCGCAGUGGAGAUGUCAUUGAUGAGAAACUUCAUCAGCUGUUCCAGAUUUGUGUCCGGGGAAUCAUCCUUGCCACUGGCAACACUAAUCUCAGGGAGACCUUCUAUAACAUCUGCUCUCACUACAUAGCCCGUAUCAUUUCUCCUGACACAGCACAGGGAAGCAUGAAACAGCAUAGCCAGCAAGUGAUCAAAACCGCCGGGCCGGCUCUAAUUGAAGCAGUAUGCGAUGACGCAUAUGCUGGUCAGGAAACCUGCCGAGUGUCAGCUCUUUUGUUAUUAAAUCUCUUGGCAGCCUUGGAUAAGCAGGAAGACUCUACCCUGGCAGAGUUAAUAUCUCAAUCGAAUUAUCUGAGCCUCUUUUUGGACGCGAUCAGAACGCUCCACGUUGAACUAAAGAAUACCCAAGCUAGUGCAGUACGCGAUUCGCAGCUGUUCGCCGCUGAUCCUGACCUUGGCAUUGAUAUUGAUAAUCCUGAAGCCCUCCGAAAAUACUAUGAUCUCCUGCACUUAGUGCUCCGUGUCAUUGUCUCGGCGGUCUUUUCCCGGGGUCUUCACAAUGAGCAGAUGAUGGAGCAAACACGGGCGUUCCUCACGGAAAAUAGGCAGAGCAUGGUCGGUGUCUUCAAGCGAGUUGGCAAAAUCGGCGGCAGGGGCGCUGCAGAUCACCACGUUGCCCUUAGUGACGUGGCCAAGUCGUAUAUGGCGCUCAUAGCCGCAACGGAUUUCUUGGAGUUCGAGGAGAACGAAGUAGAGGAAGACCUGGGCCCCAGACUGUUCUCAUAA